CUCGUGAUUCUUGUAUUUGUAGUGCUGGAUUCCCAAAAUGAGCAUUCGUGGACAGGAUCAGGUGGAGAAGAAAUACGACCCUCUAGACACCACCCUGAAGUUUGUCAACAGAGAGGAUGACUUGGAUUCAUCAUGUGAUGACUCUCUCAGAGCAGAGAUGUCCUGCGGCCACGCUGUCACUCCUGAAUCUCUCACACGUUGGUGUCGCUCCCUACUGGAUGAGGGGAAUUACAAAUUCAGAUGUCCGGCUUUAGUGGAGGGAACCAAGCAGUGUAAUAAAGAGUGGUCGUACCAGGAGGUGCGCAGACUGGCUGAUCUGACUGUGGAGGAAAUGCAGCACUUUGAAGAGAACAUGGCCCGUCUGGCUCUUGCAGACCACUGCGAGGUUCAGCCAUGUCCUCAGUGUAAAACAGAUGUAGAGAGGAAGGAUCUGUCCAACCUGUGUGUCCAGUGUGUCGUAUGCACAGCUGAUCAGAAGAAGAAAUACCAGUUCUGCUGGCAGUGUCUGAAACCAUGGAAGGGUUCAGGCCUUCGAUCUGACCGCUGUGACAACGACGGCUGUGAGAACAAGGACCUGCAACUCAUGCAGACAUGCAAAACCAUCAGUCUGCCUGAGGUGGAAGGCGUCACCAGCUGCCCCGCCAUCAGACUCUGUCCUACAUGUGGCAUGAGGGUGGAGCAUACCACAGAAUACUGCAAAAAUAUCAACUGUCCUCGCUGCAAGAUGGAGUUCUGUUUUGUCUGCCUGAAACUGAAGCGUGAAUGUUCACAGACCAGUUCACCAUAUGAAAUCUGCCCCAGUGGGGUCGCUCCAAGGCAGACCUCCAUCCCUGUGUGGAGCAAAACUUAAAACCAUAACACAUGAACAAUUUAAGAGAAUAUUUAUAUUUUCCUUCAAGGUUUUAACAAUUGUUGAUAUAAAAAAAAUGUAUGUUGCCUAUCUCAGCUCCAAAAGACACUUUGAGCUUUAUUUUGUCAGCCUUUGUUUCUUUGCCUCCUACUGGCUGAACUUUAAAUUGCACAACAAGAGACUUAUUGUUCUGUUAAAAUCAGUAACUGUGCAGAGAGAUCAUUAUACAUACAUCUUUUACUCAAACAUGUCUGUGAAUAUGAAAUAUGAAUAAACUUUAUCAGCACUCAGUUUAUUACAAAUGAAAUCUUAGCAUCAAGCGUCAGCUCUUCUUGUGUGACAAAAUGUUGGCCUGUAGUUUAAGCACAAUGUG